ACCACCGUCCCCUCCCCUCUCAUCUCUCCCAUUCUCCUCCCUUUUCCUCUCGUCCCCUCUUCCCCUCCUCGAGCCCCUCGCUCCCAAUCCCCCCCAUCUCGCAGACUCGCACCACCAAGGCACCAACCUUCCCCGAUCCAGCGCCGCACUUCCCCCCACCCUCAUGACACGCAAGAGGCGUAAGCACGCCGCCGCCGCCGCCUAGGGUUCCCGAUCCUCCUCUCGCAUGGAUUCGCUGCCGCGGAAGCGGAAGGGCGCGCGCGCCGCGUGCUCGCUGGCCGGAUCCCUCCACGAGGCCCCCGCCGCCGCCGCCACCGCUCGCAAGCGCACCUGCCGCGAGCCCAAGCCGCGGCCCGAGAAGAAGAAGCUCUCCUCCGGCGGCGGCGACGAGGCGGCCUCCGCCUCGGCCCGGGGUGGCGUGGUGAUGACGGCGCCGCCGGCCAGCGGGCGGGCGGCGCCCGACAGCCCCGGCCGCGGGCUGAAGCGGAAGCUGGGCUGCAUCGAGUCCGCCACGCGGAUGGGGCGGAAGAAGCGGCUCGACAGCGAGUACGAGCUCGGCGCCGAGAUCGGGCAGGGCAAGUUCGGUUCCGUCCGGAUCUGCCGCGCCAGGGCGGGGGGCGAGGAGUUCGCCUGCAAGGCGCUUGCCAAGAACGGCGAGGAGACGGUCCACCGCGAGGUGGAGAUCAUGCAGCACCUCUCGGGCCACCCGGGCGUCGUCACGCUCAAGGCCGUCUUCGAGGACGCCGACCAGUUCUACCUCGUCAUGGAGCUAUGCGGCGGCGGGAGGCUGCUCGACGAGAUCGCCAGGGAGGGGAAGUUCUCUGAGCAGCGGGCUGCCAUUGUGAUCAAAGAUCUCAUGGCGGUGCUCAAGUACUGCCACGAGAUGGGUGUCGUGCACAGGGACAUUAAGCCGGAGAAUAUUUUGCUCACCAAGGCAGGGAAGAUGAAGCUCGCUGAUUUCGGACUUGCUGCGCGUGUCACUAAUGGUCAGAAAUUGUCUGGCAUAGCUGGGAGCCCAGCAUAUGUGGCACCUGAAGUUCUUUCUGGAAGCUAUUCUGAGAAAGUUGAUAUAUGGGGUGCUGGUGUGCUACUGCAUGUACUACUGCUUGGCUCACUUCCAUUUCAAGGAGGCUCUCUGGACGCCGUCUUUGAGUCUAUAAAGAUGGUUGAACUUGAUUUCAGCAGUAGUCCAUGGGAAUCAAUAUCAGGUCUCGGAAAGGAUCUUAUUGGUCGAAUGUUGAAUCGAGAUGUCUCUUCUAGAUUGACUGCUGAUGAAGUCCUUAGUCACCCAUGGGUCCUGUUUUACACGGAAUGCCCCCUGAAGGUGGUAACUGCUAAUUUGUGUGUCACUAACAAGAUUAUAGCACCCAUAAUUCCACGGGGCAGACUUAGGUCAGAAUGUGAGUCAUUGUCAGACUUAAGCCAGAGUUCAGAGGAGCAGGAUGAAUGUGGCAUAGUUGACGCACUGACAGCAGCAAUAACCCGUGUUAGAAUAUCAGAGCCGAAGAGAAGUCGGCUCUGUAGCCCUGCUCUUCAGCAGGAAUGCUCUUCAAACUUGAAGAGCAAUCUGUGCACGGCUUUCUGACCUGACCCAGUGUAUAGCUCCAGAUCGCAACGGUGUGUCCAUUUUUCUCGCUGAGAUUGUUUUACAAUGGCUCCACUGGCUGGUGUAGAGCUGAGGAUAAUAACUCGGGUUUUUCGGCAAAGCAACAAGCGGUUGGUAUGUAGGUUUUCUUCAGUAAAUACUGUUGAACCCGAUGGUAGCCAUUGCUGUAAAUUUUGUAAAUAGCAUGAUCCCUCCACCUAGCUGUGCGGCUGUGCCUUGGUUGCUAAUUUAUGUUGUCAGAACUGUUUCAAGCAAUGUUCAUAAUUCAUAAGCGUGCUGUUUUCCAAUAUGAUCUUUGGCAUGCGCUAUAAUGAACAAUUGAUCUGAUGCA